UUUUUUUUAAAAAAAUUAAAAUUCAAUUUCAAUCAACUACCAUUAAUUUGUAUAAAGUCGCAUGCCUUCCUUUCUUUUCCUCUCCACUUCCUUUCUCUCUCCUCUUCCUCCAUUUCUAUUCCUCGUGGCUAAAUCUAAGCAACCCAAGAAUCUUCUUCUUCUUCUUCUUUAUCAUCUUCUGUAUUAUCGAUUUCUUCCUUUCUUUUUGUUCUUCGUUUUGAUUGAUUCUGUCACCUGAAACCUAUGUCAACUUCAUCUGCUAUUGGUGAUUUUAGCAGAUUUCCAAGCCAUAACCAAAAAAUGAGUUUCUCACAAACUUGUAAUCUUCUAAGUCAGUAUGUUAAGGAUAAACGUGCUCUUGGAAUUUCUGGAAAUAUUGAUUCUCGAGGACCUGCUACUAUGAAUUUAUUUCCGGUCACUGGGAAACAAGUAGCCUCUGAAGAUCCUAAUGCAUGUGUUGGGAAAACUAUUAAUCUGUUUCCUCAACUCUCUGGCUUCAAUUCUGGUGUGAACAAGCGUGCUAGCCCUGAACCUCCAACUCCCCAAAUGACGAUCUUCUAUGGUGGAAAAGUCUUGGUUUUUAAUGACUUGCCUGCCGACAAGGCAAAGGAAGUCAUGGAUCUCGCUAUCAGCUUUGAAGCUAGCCUCAAGAAACGAAAAGUUGAAACCACCAUUUCAACUCCCUCCAGCCCUGGUGCUGUCCCUGUGUCGGGCCAAAAUGCCAAUCCAACCUUGAUUUCGAACCAUAACUCAAAGCAGAACUUGACUACUGCCCCUAAAUUUGUGAACCACGUUGUUUCACCUGCUGUGCCUAAUGUGUCUGAGCUGCCUAUUGCGAGGAAGGCUUCUCUUCAUCGUUUUCUCGAGAAGAGAAAAGAUAGGCUUGUGGGCAAACUCCCGUGUGAUGGUGCGAAUGAAGGGUCACCGAAGCCUGCCGAGGGCAAGGCAGCAUCAGCAUGGCUUGGACUGAAUUCUCUUCAAGGCUUCCAGAUGCAGAAACAGCAGCAACCCUAGUCCUAGUGUUAGGCUUGUGUUAUUUAUGUAUACUUAAUUAUAGGAAUUUAUAUAUAUAAAGAAUUACUUUUAUAAUCUAUAUAGCGAAUGAGAUUAUUAGUUGUAGUGUUUACGUUGGAGGGGUUUUGGUUAUUUGAAGCCUCUUUUUUAAGUUAGAGCUGACAUUUUUUGUGAACCUUCCUAGCUUAUGUAAUUAUUUUAAGCUUUUUUAAAUUCAUUUCUCAGUUGAAAUGAAAAAUAUUAAGUAUAUGAUUUAUAUUUUA